GGGAUUGUUCGGGGGCGCGAGUGAGUGGCACACUCUCUUUCAUCUACGCUUGCGUCGGUCACGCGCCCCACAGUGAUUUGGAAGAUGGCGGUGUCCGUGUUCACCGGCGUGCGACUCCUCUCCAUCGGGGAUGCAAACGGGGAAAUCCAGAGGCAGUCGGAGCAGCAGGCGCUGAGACUAGAAAUCAACAGCACACCGGGCACUGCUCUCGUAAAUCUAUCUAACAGUGAAGACACAAGUGUGUUUAAGUGUUCGCUGACGAAGGAGACGGAAUGCAGUCGAGUGGGGAAGCAGUCCUUUAUCAUCACGCUGGGGCAAAACAGUGUCUUACUGCAGUUCCCAUCGCCGGCAGACUUCUGUUCGUUCUACAACGCUGUAAAAAGCAGCACGGCGGGGGGCUCAGAGUCAUCCGUCUUCAACAUGAGAACGGAAGAGGCGUCCGCUGUACAAUACUUCCAGUUCUAUGGCUACCUCUCUCAGCAGCAGAAUAUGAUGCAGGACUAUGUGAGGACGGGCACCUACCAGAGGGCCAUACUCCAGAACCACGCUGACUUCAAGGACAAGGUGGUGUUGGAUGUGGGAUGUGGUUCCGGAAUCCUCUCCUUCUUCGCAGCUCAGGCCGGAGCAAGGAAGGUCUAUGCAGUGGAGGCCAGUAGUAUGGCCCAGCACGCAGAGCUCCUGGUGAAGAGUAACGGGCUGGCAGACCGCGUGGUGGUAGUUUCUGGGAAGGUGGAGGAGGCCACGCUACCUGAACAGGUGGACAUGAUUAUCUCCGAACCCAUGGGAUACAUGCUGUUCAACGAACGCAUGCUGGAGAGCUACGUACACGCCAAGAAGUUCCUCAAACCCAACGGAAACAUGUUCCCCACCAUAGGAGACGUCCACCUGGCUCCCUUCACAGACGAACAGCUCUACAUGGAGCAGUUCACCAAGGCCAACUUCUGGUAUCAGCAGUCCUUCCAUGGUGUGGAUCUCUCAGCUUUGAGAGGAGCAGCGGUAGAGGAAUACUUCAAGCAGCCUAUAGUGGACACAUUUGACGUGCGUAUCCUGAUGUCCAAGUCCGUCAAGCACACAGUCAACUUCCUGGAAGUUAAGGAGAUGGACCUGCACAGGAUAGAGAUCCCCUUUAAGUUCCACAUGAUGCAGUCGGGCCUGGUGCACGGCCUGGCCUUCUGGUUCGAUGUAGCUUUCAUGGGCUCCAUGUCGACUGUGUGGUUGUCCACGGCCCCUACCGAGCCCCUGACCCACUGGUACCAGGUCCGAUGCCUACUGCAGUCGCCCCUCUUCACCAAAGCAGGAGACACGCUCACUGGCACAGCACUGCUAGUGGCUAACAAGAGGCAAAGCUACGACAUCAGCAUCGUUGCACAGGUGGACCAGACGGGUUCAAAGAGUACCAACACGCUGGACCUAAAGAACCCCUUCUUCAGGUACACGGGCACCACCCCUGCCCCGCCCCCCGGCUCACACUACACCUCGCCCUCGGACACCAUGUGGAACACCUCAGGAACAUACGGCAUGAACCAGAACAUGACCGGUAUGCCAGCUGCGUAUGAUCUCAGUGCUGUCAUUGGAGGGGGCGCUUCGCACAACAACCUCAUUCCUCUGGUGAACAACACCGCUGGAGUGAACCACACCCCGUCCAGAGUCGGCUCCAUCAUGAGCACUGGACUGCUGCAGGGAGGAUCCUCGGAGCAGUCUGAGGCCGGUAGCGGAGGAGGAGGCGGGACCGGGGGCGUCCAGUAUCCAAUCCCCAGCCAGUUCAUGAUGGGGGGAGGAGCUUCAUCCGUCCCUAUGCCCUCACCCGUGGCCAUCCCCAGCAACACCAUGCACUACGGCAGUUAAUAUGACAAGAUCAUACACACACACACACACACACACACACACACACACACACACACACACACACACACACACACACACACACACACACACACACACACACACACACUGCACUAAGGCAGUUAAUAUGACAAGAUCAUGCACACACACACGCACACACACACACACUGCGUUACGGCAGUUAAUAUAACAAGAAUACACACACACUGCUGCACCAUGCACCAAGGCAGUUAAUGCUGAUCUCUCACACACACACACACACACACACACACACACACACACACACACACACACACACAAACACACGCACGAUUGCCGUAAAACAUAACCUGUAACACCAGGCACUACGGCAGUUAGACACACACACACACACACACACACACACACACACACACACACACACACACACACACAUGCCCUGCAACACCAUGCACUACGGCAGUCAAGACCCGCCCACGUUGUCCAUAAACCACACACCCCCGUUGCCGUAGAAACCACCCAAUGAACUGACUUUGGAUUUCCUUGACGUCCGCUUGAACGAAAGAAACCAAAACUGCCAUGACACCCCCUCCUUCACACACACACACACACCAACUCAUUUAUUUUUCUUUUUGUUAACUCUUCUCUUUUUUUCAGUAUUGUCUUCUUUCUCUGUUCCAUUGUACUCCUCUCUCUCUCUCUCUCUCUCUCUCUCUCUCUC